GUAUUGGUCCCUGGGGGAGGGUCAGUACUAGAGACCCGACAAGAUUCUAGGAAAGGUCAUUGAGGAAGACUGGAUCUCAGGACCCGACAGGACCUAGAAAAAACCAGAAUCACUGAGAUGGUCCAACUCUAGAUAGAUUACAGAGGAGGGUUAAGACCCUGAGACCACCCCAUGGAGGGCCAGGACUCUGGGACAAGGCCAUAGGAAGGUCAGGACCCAGGGACAAAUCAGCUGUAGAGAGCUGGGAAACCAAGGCUGGCCCAGAGGAAUCUGGACCACUAUGGCGGUCCUUGGAGCAGUUUGGUGCCCCCGAGGGUAAACCGUUAGAAGGGUUCAGAAUAUAGAUAGGCUUCAGGACCAAUAGAACCAAAGGUGGGUCACGUUAGGGUGAAAACCUUGGGACUGAACCACGAGGAAGGUCCUCAGGGAGUACAUGGAUAAUAGUUGGAACUUCAAGGCAUGGAGGCCUGGGACUCCAGACAUAUAGACCUCCAAAUCUGCUGAAAAGAUCCCUAGGCAUUGGGGAUCCAGGGGUGGCUCAGCUCUACCCAGCCCACACUGGGCCCUUUCUGUGAAGUGCUUACAUGUGGGUUUCUGGUUAUUUGAGCCCAAGGAUUCAAACCCUGCACUUCGCACAUGUCCCCGAGCACCCUGAUGUUAUGGAGUGGGUGAGGCUCUUAGUAUAGUUACAAGGCAAAGUUGGAGCUCUUCAUCACUCCAAGGACUCAGGACUUGCUGCUCCAUGUCCCAGCCUCCAAGCUACCUCCCCUGCUCUCCCAGCUCCUACAGGACUGUGCCUUUCCCUAGUCUUGGCCACAGACUUCACAAUGUAGCCCCGAUUCCAGGCUAUCAUUCACAGAAAAUGGAAAAGGAACAAGGGACAGAAAGAAGGUGCAGAAGCCAGCCAGAACUCAGAGUAAGGAGGGAUCAUCGCAUCCACUUGGUGGCCUGAAGCCUCCAUGCCACCGGGUGAGGAAGGACUCACAGACAUCCAGAGGAGAAGCCAAAGAUGUUGACCAGGAAGAUUAAACUCUGGGACAUAAACGCCCACAUCACUUGCCGCCUGUGCAGCGGCUACCUCAUUGACGCAACUACAGUGACUGAGUGUUUGCACACAUUCUGCAGGAGCUGCCUGGUGAAAUAUCUGGAGGAGAAUAAUACCUGCCCCACUUGCAGGAUCGUGAUUCAUCAGAGCCACCCACUACAGUAUAUUGGUCAUGACAGAACCAUGCAGGACAUUGUUUACAAGCUGGUGCCAGGCCUCCAGGAAGCGGAAAUGAGGAAACAGAGGGAAUUCUAUCACAAACUGGGCAUGGAGGUACCAGGUGACAUCAAGGGGGAGGCGUGCUCAGCAAAACAGCACUUAGAUCCCCGCAAUGGUGAAACCAAAGCAGACGACAGUUCCAAUAAAGAGACAGCAGAAGAGAAGCAGGAGGAGGACAACGAUUACCACAGGAGUGACGAGCAGGAGAUGCCUUCUACAAGAUAUUCUCACACCCAGAAACCCCACCUGUGGUCAAGGGACAUCUGGGGUGGAAAUGUGAGCAUCUGUCUGGAAUGCAAUAGCAGCAAACUACGGGGCUUGAAGCGGAAGUGGAUUCGAUGCUCAGCCCAAGCAACAGUGCUGCACCUGAAGAAAUUCAUCGCCAAGAAGCUCAAUCUCUCCUCCUUCAAUGAGCUGGACAUUUUAUGCAACGAAGAGAUCCUGGGCAAGGACCACACUCUCAAGUUCGUGGUUGUUACAAGGUGGAGAUUCAAGAAAGCGCCCCUCCUGCUACACUACAGACCCAAGAUGGACUUGCUGUGAGCCCAGCCAGACUCAGCCCACACCCAGCGCUCUACACGGCAAAAUGUGUCGUGGAAUGUUGCCUCUGGGUGCCAUGUGGACCAGAUUUCUGAAUAGAGAAUAUUUAUAACUUUUGUAUGAGAGAAUCCACUCCCAACAAGACACUACCAGCACGCGUUUACAGAGGGUGAAAACACUUCGCAGUUCGCUCGUCUCUGCUUCAGGUCUACAGGCCAGAGAAUAAGUGAAAUGUUGGCACGGCCCACACCGCGUCUGACAUCAGCGCCUCUGCUUGCUUUCCAGGUCUUGAGAAUCUGAGUCCGUUUUGGUUUAAUUCGUGGAUUAGGUUUCAUGAUAAGCCUCAAAAAUACUUGUACUUUCAUUAAGUCCUUCCUAAGUUAUUGAAAAUCUUUUCAUGGUAUAUAUUUAUGUUGCCUUUAGCUUCCUGAAGACUUAAAAGAUAUAUAAAAAUUUAAUUUAAAGCGCACCCAAAGAGGCUUGCAGUAAUACUAUUAUUUAGCCAUGGUAUUUAAUUUCCCACCUUCUAGAGCACAGCAGAGGCCCAUUCCCAAGUUUAAGUCUUGUCUUGUGCAUCCUGGGAUGAUGGCCUGUGCUGGCUGGGCAAGGCAGGACCCUCAUGACUCCCCAGUGUCAUGUGGCUGCAAUUCCGGCCCCCGCAGUAAGGCAAACUAGAGGAGGUCUGGCAGUGCAGCACUGGCUUCUUGAAAAGUUCUUGAAAUAAUUUCCUUGGAAAGGCCAUCACUGAAGUUCCUGCCUUUCCCUUUUUGUUUUCCUUCUGCUGGCAAGAUGUGGUGAUGGCUGUUUGUCGCUGUCAAACGACACAAGCCAUCCUGUGGGGAGACCUUGUAAAGACACUUGGGAGGUGGCCUGUAACCUCAUGUUCCUGGUAGUUGGUAUUUCCAGGCUUGCCUUCCUGCUCGUGGGGUUAACAUGCAUUCUUUGGGUCCCUUUUUCAUGCAAAGUAACUGAGCAACCCGUUAAGCAGAGGUUGCUUUUUUGGUCACAGACAGGAUACUAUUUGGUAACCUCCCCUUUCACAUGUAAUUUUUGUUGUUGUUGGGUUAAAGACUAAGAUGCCAGCGUAUCCAACUUUAUUCUACCUUAAGGGUAUGAAGGCAAGAGUAUGGAGAAGGGGUACUGUCCUGGGGUUCCCAAGGACCUCUCUCAGGCUGGGUGCCCUCUUACCUCCCCCACUUCCUGCCCUUCCAGGCCCCAUGGGAAUUGUAGAACCCUAUAAUCCUAGAAGUACCUCUGCUCUUAGUGGGCAGAUGAGGAUCUUAGUGUGUCCCUUAGGCCAGGCUUCUGAGUCUUCGCCUUAACAAUUGGAAUUUUUCUUGAAUUUGCUUUGAGAGUUGAGAUUGGGUUUAUCAACACCCACUUUUUUUUCUACUUCCUCUUUCACUUACACAGUGUCAGAAGCAGCGACUAGUGAGACCUAAUGUUACUAAGGAUAAAACAUCCAAAUUAACUGAAUCUUUAAUGUUUGCCCUUCUAAAAUAAAAGCAAGCUCUUUGUUUGGAA